AAACAUUUACUUCACAUAGAAUACAAGAAGGGGUCAUAGAACACGGCCACACCCACAGCCACACCCACGCCCCCUUUGGCCUCUUCCCAUUUCACCUUCCUUUUCCUACCUCCUUUUUUAAUUUAUGAGAUUCCUCCAAUGGUCUCCUCUUCUUCUCAUUGGAUUGUACAGAUUCCCAGCUGAUAUUGCCCCUUGAAAAUCCUUUCAUUGCCUCUUGAUUUUUGCUAUUUGCAGUGGCUUUUUCUUUUUCUGAGAUUUAAGAUAGAAACUAAUCCGAAUCGUUCUGGGUUUUCUGUUUCUGCACUCUUCCUCCUCAGUUUCUUGCUGAAAAGAUUUCCCACAAGGGUUUCUGAAGAAUAAUCAUAUUUACCUAUUUCUCAUUUUUUGGGUCAACUUUUUUCAAGAACACCCCCCUCCCUUUUCCGUUCAUUUUUCUUUCAAAAUUUAUUGCUUAAAACCAACAAAAAAAGAACAAGUAGAGGCAUGGGCAAGCAAGGACCUUGCUAUCACUGUGGUGUCACAAGCACACCUCUGUGGCGUAAUGGGCCACCGGAGAAGCCAAUACUGUGCAAUGCUUGUGGAUCAAGAUGGAGAACAAAAGGAACACUUGCAAACUACACCCCUCUGCAUGCUCGAGUAGAUCUUGAUGAAUUUGAUGAUGACCGGGUCCCAAGAGGGAAGAGCAUAUUCGUUAAGAACAAAGAAGUAAAGCUCGUAAGAAGAAAGCAAAAUUAUGAUAAUGCUGUAGUUGGAGGGUUUGCUCCUGAUCACAACCAGCCUUCAGAAAAGGGUCUAGAUGAAGAUAUUAGCAAUAGAUCAAGUUCUGGCUCCGCCAUAUCUAAUUCUGAGAGCUGUGUACAGUUUGGUGGUGCAGAUGCAAGUGAUUUGACAGGUCCAUCACAAUCAGUAGUGUGGGAUACAAUGGUACCUUCAAGGAAGAGAACCUGUGUUAGUCGUCCAAAACAAUCUCCGGUGGAGAAACUAACUAAAGAUUUAUAUACUAUCUUACACGAACAUCAGUCCUCACACUUCUCUGGGUCUUCUGAAGAGGAUUUACUUUUUGGGAGUGACACACCAAUGGUCUCUGUUGAGAUAGGACAUGGAAGUGUUCUUUUUCGACAUCCAAGCUCCAUAGUUCGGGAAGAAGAAUCAGAAGCAAGCUCUCUUUCAGUUGAUAACAAACCACACCUAGUAAAUGAGGCUUAUUCCCAUUUGACUUCCCUUCCUGUAUAUACUGACAAUAAGUGUCUCAACUCUCUAAGUUCGGGGAUUGAGAAAAGCAAGAGGCCUGCUGAACAAGGCAUGCAACAGGGUCAACUUAAAAGGGACAAGGUUCAUCAUGAAGCAGUACAGAUUCUGCAAAAUCGUAAUUCCCCACUUUGUUAUGUAGAUCUGAAAGGUGUUCUCAACUUUGAUGUGUUUGCCAGUCACCUAACAAAUGAAGAGCAGCUGCAUUUGCUGAAGUAUCUUCCUUGUAUCGAUACUGCCCAACUUCCUGACAGGCUCAAAAGCAUGUUCUCUAGCCCUCAAUUCGAGGAGAACCUAUCAUCCUUCCAAAAGCUGCUUGUGGAAGGGGUUUUUGAUCUAUCUUUCUCAGGAGUGAAAAGUGAAAGCUGUACAACAUUGAAUAGGCUUGCAUUGUCUGAUUUCACAAAAUCAGAGUGGCUGGAACAGUAUAAUCUGCUCAAGGAUGUAAAGUUUAAAACUAGCAACAGAGAAUCAGUAAAUCCUGGAGGAUCUCAUCUGAUUUCAUCUGGUUCUACAAGCGUGAAGAGAUCAUUGGAUGGCCAAUUUCUAAAUUGUCCAGGUUUGAAGACAACAAUUAAGAGUCCGAGAGGGGCAAUGAAGGGUGGCUAUGAACGCAAGGAACUCAUGGACACUGAUGCUUCUUGCUUUAGUCCACGAAGCCUAUUUGCCUUGCCUCCAGAAAGCGGCCCCCUCAUGCUGGACUCUUUCCAGUUCAUAGAUUCUGAUCAAGAUCUGCUUCUGGAUGUACCAUCCAACAGCUCCUUCCCAGAGGCAGAGCUCCUCCCGAGUUCAAGUUUUGCCGCUCAAGCUAGCAGUGGUAGUAGCUUUGUGUACCCACGACUUCACAGACCCUAGGCCUUUUCAACCCCCCUCUACCACUAGGCUAUAUAGCUGCUACUACUGUUAAAAUUCUGAUAUUUUGCAGGCCAAAUCUACGAAAGAGAUGUGUGUGAAGUUUGAUGGCUUCCUUCUCUUUUUUUGGCCUAUGUUGAAACCUAAGUUGCAAAAGGGAUAAGUUUGGUUGGCUUUGGCUCUUUUGUUGGGGGUAUAGAUCGACACAGAAUUGUUAUGUAUAGCUCAAGUUAUGAAAGGGUUUUGCUCUAUGCAGCAGCUUGGUGUAGUAGGCUUGCAAAUAACACUCCCAUGGCCCCUUUUCUGGCUGCUGCUUUUGUUUGUGAAAUUUAAGGAUUCUUCCAAACUUUUGUGUUGUAUGUGAAUGGAAGUGAUGAAAUCAGUGGCA